AGAGAGAGAGAGAGAGAGAGAGAGAGAGAGAGAGAAGGAUUCUAUAGAAGUUGCCUGAAAGUUUGUCUGCGAGAAACAAACUCAAACGACUAGUUUACAUGAAAAACAAUACGUUAUCAAAGUAGUCUGUCAAAAAAUAGUGAAACGAGGGAAUGCUACAGAAAAAAAAAGCCUGACCCGAGUGCGUCCUAAAUUAAAGCGUAAAGAGACGUUAACGAAGAACAAAACUCCUGUAGUUUAACUUUACAAGAUGCAACUGUUCUGUAACCGUGGUUUAGAAGCGGAUACAUUUCUAAGAUUUCCGCUCUAUUUCUGAUAAAAUCAGUAGCGAGAGAUAAACAUAUUUUUAACUUAAAAAAAAAAAAAAAAAUCAAAAAAAUUUAAAAAAAGGACUUAAAGGGGCAAACACAUUAUGCUCGUUAUUGAAUUUAAAACGAUGCACACCAGCGUGUAAGCUGUUAUAAAGUACCGCGGAUCGGUGGGGGGCACGCCCUUUCGCUCCGUUUAUUUCACGACACCCCACCGCUCGGUUUUACCCCCAGUGAUCCGGAUUAUCUGUUUGAACGCACCGCACCCUGCACGAUGCAACAGCCGCAGCAGGAGUUUCUUUUCAAGGUUCUCGUGAUCGGGGAUCUCGGAGUCGGGAAGACAUCUAUCAUCAAGCGGUACGUGCAUCAGAUCUUCUCCCAGCACUACAGGGCGACCAUCGGGGUGGAUUUUGCACUGAAGGUGCUCAACUGGGACAGUAGCACUGUAGUUCGGCUGCAGUUGUGGGACAUAGCAGGUCAGGAGCGCUAUGGGAACAUGACCCGGGUGUAUUACCGGGAGGCGGUGGGAGCCUUCGUGGUGUUCGACGUGGCGCGGGCCUCCACCUUCGACGCCGUGCUCAAAUGGAAGAGUGACCUGGACUCCAAGGUGACCCUCGCCAACGGCAAGCCCGUCCCCGCUGUCCUGCUGGCCAACAAGGCUGACCAGUCGCGGGACGGCCUGAGCCCUCAGCUGCCCAAGCUCGACCAUUUCUGCAAGGAGCAUGGCUUUGCAGGCUUCUUCGAGACCUCCGCCAAGGAGAACACGAACAUCGUGGAGGCGGCGCGUUGCCUGGUGGAGAACAUCCUGUCCAACGAGGAGGGCUCCGGAGGGGACUUGGACCCCGAGGUCGUCCUGCCCGGCCUCAACAACAACGGCAAACACAGCGGCAGCAGCUGCACGCUCUGCUCCAGGUUUUAGAGGACUGCUGCUGGACAGGAGAGGACAGAAACCAGAACAAAGAAACAGGGUGAUUUCCACCGGUGCAUCCGAAAGCAUCGGGAUGGACUGUGAGGCAGGCGGAUCCCGAGGCUGUGUCCUGGAGGUUAGAGAUUGUGUCGUAGUCAUUAGCACAGAUAGGUGUGCAUCUCCCCUAUGAAGGCUGGUUUUGUGGCUAUGUUGCCGCUCUCACCGGCUCAUGCUGAUUUUCUGUAAUCCCCAUAUUUGAUUCAAAGCGUUUCUCUUGUCUUUCUCAUGUUUGACAUGCUUUCAUAUUCUCUCAAUAAAAAUUCCUAAUACUUCCUGCUUUGUCCAGGAGCUGCAUUUGAUUUUGCUUGUAUUCCAUUGGGGAGGAGGGGGGGGGGGGAGAAUCUUCUCAGGAUUCUGUUCAUUGCGCUGCUCCAAGGCUUCAAACACAUUCGGGAGAAUUGCCUUCGGCAUAUCUUCUCCCAUAGUAUGAAGAUGGACAACUCUCCUCUGGUUUUAAAGACCGUGCUUGGGAAUUGUUUAGAAGCUCCUGCCAAUGCUUCUCCUCCAGUCCGCCUUAACACAUAGCUACAUGUCUUACUGAUACUGGUGUGAGAUCUCUGUACGCUGCUCAUUAACUUUGAACCGCAUGUGUUUUUCUUGUGUGGUUUGUACACUGUAAUUAUUUUAUUGUCUAAUAAAACCCCCUUGUAAACCAGGUCUCAGUCUCAGUGGUUAAAUAAUAAAAGUGGAUUUAAAACAAAGAAAUCCCAUUUGAACUGUGUUAUGUGGCUGAACUCCUGACUGUGGGAUAUGCUGCUUUCUGUCUGUAGAAUAAGAAAAGCACGGUUGAAAUGACCGACCCCCCCCCCCCCAUAUCUGUAUUUCUUUAUGGCAUUCGUCACCGUGGCCCGUGUAGGCAGGGGCUUGUUGUUUACAGGUGUGAGUGUGCUAUUCACAGCGCAGAUGUACAUUGCUCUCAGGUGCCCUGGAGGGUAAUGCUAUUCACUCUGGAUCCCUGAUUGGAAGCAGUGCUCUGACAGAGGCUUGCCACCCCAGAUCAGCCAGCGCACGGGUGAGCAUGGGCAAGCCGAGCUAACCACAUUCACUCCUAAUGAAGGAGCUGUUUCACUGGCACAAAGGUCCUGAUUCUUCAAAGCUUAGCUGGAGCACAGCAGGGGAGGGCAGGGGUCUGGCCCCUCUGCCAGGCAGGAGAGUGGGAGGAGGGGGUGUUGCUUCAUAAGGAGAACAGUAAUAGUAUGUUAAGAAAAUGAGUACUUCUAUUUGCAGAGAAUCUUUAAAAAAGAGAUGUAAGUGGUGAAUAAGUACUGUUCUCCUCCUCCUCAUGAAGUAACACCCCCUCCUUCCACUUUCCUACCUUGGAUAAAGGUGUCUGCCAAAUAAAAUGAAAUGUAUUUCUCUUUCAGGGCAAACUACGGGCUUGAAUUCUCCUGCCCUCGGGGGAGUCAGUCUCCUGUGCUCCAGGACCAGCCUGGCUCUGCUGCUGUUCACCUCUGCGUCCUGCAGUACAUCUGCUCAGGCUGCUGCCUGCCCACACGUGACGCCCAAAACGGCCAGCCUGACCGACCAGGUGUAGGCAGGGCAGAAAACAAGCUGGGACAUCAGUGCCCAAGUGCUCCAUUUACUGUCCGCUGGAAAAGAUAAGCUAUUCUUUCUGUAAGAAACGCAAUAGUUGAAUCAUGACAGCCAGCAAGGAGAACAAACUUUGCAUUUUCUUUGAACCACAAAAAAAAAAAAAAAAAAAAAAAAAAAGUACUUUAUUGUCCACUUGGGGGCAGUCAGGUACUGAGAAUGCAGGUUGUAGCAACGCAGAGGGGACAAGUGGCGACAGCAUUUAUUAAAGAAUGCAUGUAUUAAUUCUGAAUCAUGUUGUACUUUUAAAAUCUGGUUAUGUUAUUGAUUUCAUAGAGAAACACUAUUUACUUUAACAGAAUGGGUUAUGGGUUUAUGUUAUAUGUGGUAAAAUAGUGAUUUUCCCUUUUUUCUUUGGACUGUAACCACUAUCCGGUCUUGAAAUCCUGCAUGAUCUAGAUCAGUGGUGAACUGUUAGUAGAUUUAAAUCAGCAUUUAAUUCUGAACCUCCUGAUGAAUCAUUGGGGGAAAGGUAUGCUAGUUAUUCCAAGUGCUCCCAUUCUAAUUUCAAUGCUUUAAUAAAAGUUCAAAAUACUUAGACAUACAUUAGGAAAAAUGUUUUUUAUUAUGCAGCAAAAUAAUAAUGUACUCCCCAAUACAUAAAAUUUCAGAAUCAAAUACACAUUUAAUGGUUUUUAAAUGAUCUAAUGAUUUACUUUUUCAUAACUAGUUCUUUGCUGUUAAAUGUAUAAAUGGUAACAUACAUACAUUUUGCAUUAAUUAAAAAUAUAAUCUGUGUAAAUUGGAAACAUGUGACUGCAGUCAUUUUCCCCCCUUUACACCACAAGCUACCCUAGAUAUGAAAGAAACACACACUUACACAAUCGUUAUGUACAAAACGCACCGAUCCACAGUGCAACAACUCAUAG